GCUCUGCUCUGUCCGCACCUGCCUCGGGAGGCUGAGCGCCCCGGAGUUCUUGGAAGCUCUUCCAAGGCAUCGCUGUUACUUUGCUUUGAAUGGGGACCAAACCCUCAGUGAUAAUUAUCACAACAAAAUAGCGAAUUUGGAUGAAGGCAGGAAGGGAUCUCCCUAAAGACACGCUCACGCUUUGUUUGGUGCCUCUCUGCCCGGCGUUCUUCUUCUGUGAUUAAAGGUCUCCAGCCCCGCACGGAAGGACGGUCUGCUCUCUCAUGCCUUGCCUCGCUCUUCUCCCCUCCUAAACCCUUCUCCUGAAGGAUGGCAGCCGCCUCUUUCCGCUACGGCCUGACCAUCACGGGGGCCGUGCUGCUGGUGACGGGCACGCUGUGCUUCGCCUGGUGGAGUGACGGCGAGGUGGGCUCCGGCAGCGGGGCUCGCCUCCUGCCUCCCCGGGAAGCCGAGGCCGUCCCCAGCUCCUCCUCCUCCAGCGCCCUGCUCCGCUCCGUCAGCUUCUUCUGCUGCGGCAUCGGCGGCAUCCUGCUCAUCUUCGGCCUCCUGUGGUCCGUGAAGGCCAACGCCAGGGUGGUGUCCCGGCGCUACCAGUACCAUUUCCCCAGGGACCUGCAGUACUUCACGGCGGAGCCUCCGGAGAAGUGGAACUGCAGCACCUGGGACGCCAGUGCCAUCCCCACCUAUGAAGAAGCCCUGACCUGCAGACCUGCCCACGCUGCCCCGGCCUAUGUGCAGCCGCCGGGGAGGAAGGAGGAGCUCACGCCGCCCCUGUACCGCUACCUGGAGGAGGACGAGAGCUGGCAGGGCGGCCGCCGGCGCAGCUCCUCCGACAGCGCCUUGUUCCGCCCCAGCCCGUCCUGGCUGGACGCGGCACAGCCCCAGGAGCCGCAGGCAACGCCUCCCCCCAGCUAUGAGAACAUCAGCGUCCGGGGGCUCUGAGCCCGGGCGGGACUCUGCGGGUGGCUGCCCAGUCCCUCAGCUUUAAACUGAGCCUCUCCGUGGUGGGGGUGAGAGGAGGGUGGGCGAGGAGUGGGAAGGGUCAGCCCGGCUUUCCUGGCUGUCCGAGCGGUGCGUCCGGCGCUGUGGGGGCUGUGGGGCCCGCGGGAGAUGUGUUCAGAGCGUCGGGGGUAGCUGGCAUGUUUGAAAGCUUUCAUAUUUUUAAUAAAACCACUGCUGGUUUCA